GUGUGUUCUGUCCAAAGUUCAGCGUAAGUGAAAAUAUCAGACUGACAGACGGAGUCUGUAAAAUGGAGGCUAAAGCUUUGAUUCCUGAGGACGAACUCUGUUGCUCUGUAUGUUGUGAUAUUUUUAAAGAGCCUGUUGUCCUCCUGUGCAGCCACAGCUUUUGUAGAGAGUGUCUGAAGCAGUACUGGGAAAAGAAGAGCUCUCGAGAGUGUCCCAUCUGCAGGAGAAAGAGCUCUGUGGAGGAACCUCCGGUAAACCUGGCCUUAAGAAGCAUUGUGGAGUCCUACUUAAAGCAGAAGACUGAGAGAGAAACUACAGACAAGAGUGACGCUCACUGUCCUCUUCAUGGGGAGAAACUUCUAUUAUUCUGUGAACAUGACAAAGAGCCUCUCUGUGUCAUCUGUCAGACUUCAAAAAAACACAGAUACCACCCGGUCUGUCCAGUGGAAGAGGCUGCACUGGAGCUGAAGGAGGAACUCAAGCCUGCACUUAAUCUUAUUAAAGAAAAACUGAAGAGGUUUACUGAGGUUGAACAAGAAUGUAAGAAAACAGCAGAACAUAUCAGGAGUCAGGCCCAGCACACAGAGAAGCAGAUAAAGGCAGAGUUUGAGAAGCUUCACCAGUUCCUGCGAGAGGAAGAGGAGGUCAGACUAGCUGCUCUGAGGGAGGAAGAGGAGCAGAAGAGUCAGAUAAUGAAGGAGAAGAUGGAAAACAUCACAGGGCACAUCUCCACUCUUACAGACAAAAUCACAGCUAUAGAGAAGGCCAUGGACACUGAAGACACCUCCUUUUUACAGAGCUACAAGAACAUCAAGGAAAGAGUCCAGUGCACACUGCAGGAUCCAGAGCUGCUCUCAGGGGCUCUGAUAGAUGUGGCCAAACACCUGGGCAACCUGAAGUUCAGAGUCUGGGAGAAGAUGCAGGAGAUGGUGCAGUACACUCCUGUGGUGCUGGACCCCAAUACUGUACGUGCCACUGUCUCUCUCUCUGAUGAUCUGACCACUGUGAGACACACAGGUACAGACCAGAAAUAUCCUGCCAACCCAGAGAGGUUUACCUUCACUGUGAGUGUGCUGGGAUCUGAGGGCUUUACCUCAGGGAAACACAGCUGGGAGGUGAAGGUUGGGAAUAAACCUGAGUGGGAUAUAGGAGUGGUGAAAGAGUCCAUCUGUAGGAAGGGACGUCUAACAUACACCCCAAAGAGAGGAUUCUGGGUCUUAAUGCUGAGGAAUGGUGAUGAGUACCUUGCAUCUGGAGUUACUGACCUCACACUGAAGAGGAAACCCCAGAGCAUCAGAGUGCAGCUGGACUAUGACAGGGGGGAGGUGUCCUUCUUCGACUCCAGUGACACGUCACUCAUUUACACUUUUAAAGACACAUUUACUGAGACAGUGUUCCCAUACUUCUCUCCAUAUUUGAAAGGAGAUAAGAAUGACAGACCCCUGCAAAUAUGCCCACUGACAGUUUCUGUAAAACCAGUGACGGUAUUUGUUUUUUUAAAAAAUAGAUGGUGUACUUUUAAGGAAUGUUUGUUGUUUCUAAUCUGCUUCAGCAUACCUUACCUGGUUGCUGACUUGGGUACACUGGAGUUGACUUACUGGAGAUGUGAAUUGACCAAAGGGAGCUGGUUGAUGGCCUACCAAAACCAAAUGGAAGGCAGGCACACACAGAGCAAUAACAGUGGCCAUUUGGUUAAUGUAAUCAGCCUCAGUAUGCAUGAAUACUGAUUUGGGACAGACCAGAGGAAGUGCAAAGGGGGAUGUUUUAAUAGUCAGUCAGAAGAGAGCAGACAUGCAUACAGAGCUAACAGUUACUGCUUUAUUUCCUGCAACUUCAUUUCUAGAUUUUGUUCUGGAAAAGGGAUACAAAGCUGGUGCUUGAACAACACUGUAUUGUAACUUACCUGCGUUGCUUUUACCUUGUUCUUUCAUGCUGUAGAGGAUACUCUUUUUGCUUGUUAAUAGAAAUUGGUAUUGAUCUAAACUUUUGAACUGCAAAUAUUACUUCAUACGUAAAGAGUACUGUAGAGGAAAUUCAUUUAAUAAUUAUGAUGAAUUAAUUUAGUAUGUUUUGGGUUUUGCUUUGAUCUGAAUCACAAGACAAAACAUUUCAUGUAAUUUUUAUACAUAAGUCAAAUGUGCUUUUUAUCAGUUUUUAUUCGUUUUCCAUUGUAAUUGAAAAAAAACAAAUUGGUGUACAAUCAGUCUUGGUAACAUAAAAACAGAAAUAUAAAACAUUCAAAUAAAAUUUGAUAUAAUGUCAAUAAUAUAAAUACAGAUGCACUCUUCUGGUUAAAUCAAAUUAUUUUAUAUAUGAUCGAUUUCAUUCUUGGCUAUAUGGGUUUAUAUUGCAGUGUACAAGCUUGAAAUGCAUCAUGAGCUCUCAUUAGUUUUAUACUAGCAGUCUCCUGUGCUCUUUCAUUCCUGGGUGGAUAAGUUAGUGUAUAAGCUUGAAAUGUUUGCGUAUCGUGAGCUCUAGUCAGAUUGAUUGCAUCAGUUUCCUGUGCUUUUCGGAUUUUACUUUACAGAUGCAGUGAAGAAUAAAUUCACCCUGUCAGCUCCAUGCUGUAGGAUUUUCACCUGAGCCUUCAGUAGCCUCACCUGCACACCUGCCAUUGGUGUAACGGUGUGGG